AUGGUUGAUUUAGUUAAUCGAUUAAAUGUGGGACCACAGAAAGUACACGUUAGUAUACUUCGCUACGCGUCAACUGUUGAAGAUUCAUAUGUAUUCAAUAAAGUUGGCAGUAAUCGAAUGAAAGAUCAAAUAGUUCGAGUUAUCAAUAAUUUACAAUAUAAUGGUGGUGGAACAGCAACUGGUGAAGCAAUACAACGUGCAAGAAAUGUAUGUGAUUCAGCAUGUCGAAAUCAAGAAGAAUUGGUACCACGUGCAGUUGUUCUAUUUACCGAUGGUCAAAGUAAUGAUCCUAAUUUAGUUAGAAUACAAAGUGAAUUUCUAAGAGAAAAUACAAAAGCCGUUGUAUUUGCUGUUGGAAUUGGAAGUGGUAUCAAUAAUGCUGAAUUACAACUAAGUGCAUCAACACCAUAUAGUAAAUAUGUCUUACAUUUGCAAAAUUAUUUACAAUUAACACAAGUUAUUAAUCAAAUAACAUUAGUAGCAUGUAAUGUUCCAGCAUUUAACGAGCCAGGUGUAGUCUAUAAGAAUGAAGUAGAUAAAGAUACAUACCGAUUUAAUCGAACGAAUAUAAAAGGCUUACGUUCAGGCUUAGGUGGAUUUAUGGAAAUCGCUGUCAAUAUCACUCAAGGUAAUGUACAAGUAUUUACAUCAACAACAGAGGCAAAUCCAACAAGUGACAAUAGUAAGCGAGCAGUUGUUUAA